AACCCCUACGAUUCUGUGAUUCUGUGAACAGUUCAGCUUGGUUUCAAUGUCUGUAUGAGGUAUGGUGAAGACAAGUAUCAAAGCUGACUUAAUUGCAUUGCGGUGGAAGUCCUGCCCAGAUGGUAUCAAGAAAAGACCAAAUCUCUAAAAGAUCACGUUCCCCAGAUGGGUAUUGUUCAGAGAUUAUAAAACAAAAGAAAAAGAAGAAAAAAAAGUAUCUGAUGGAGUGUAGGGAAAUGCCUUAUUGGAGUGUGGUGUUCCCAAUUAUUUGACAGUGUAUUGUCAGCUAAUCAGAAAUAAGGGCACGGAACUGUAUCUCCUGUGUGAAACUUAUUAUUUACAUCUUUAUGAUUGAGAAAUAAAUGCCUUGGAGCUCACAAGCCUGUGAGCAAGACAGCUGCUGAGCUGACAGCAAGUCUUCGUCUGCCUCCUCUGCCCUGCUGCGGCCACCUCCGGCCUCACAGCAGAAACACGAAAGUCUGGGCAGGCCCUUCUCAGGCCCACUUCUAAAGCUUUCUGGGUAAGCAGGUGCACACACAGCCCGCGGAGGAGGUUGGUCUACGCCAUUUCAACCAGGGCCCGGAACCAGCCCCGCCAGGGCGGGGCAGCGGGUCACAGUUGGGCCCUUUGUGACCCAUCCCUGUGACAUCCAGGCGUAGCUGGCACCGACACGGUGGCCCCGCAGUGUCCGGCAGGACAGCGAGGUGACAGGGCAGGAGUGUGCGGGUCUGGCGAGGAGCCCCCGAGCAUAGCCCACGUCUUUUCCCUCUACCUUUUGCAGCCCCACGGCUGCCCCCUCCCCACCCUCAGUGCUUAUCCCACGGGAUGGAGAGGAAACCUCCUAGAUACCCCAGGGUGGCCUGGGCAGAGAGUGGGGCUCCCCGGAAGAGAAGAGCUCCACUGGAGCCCUACGAGGUGACCGAGGUGCAGCCACUGAGUGCUGAUGCUGACUGGCUGCCUGUGUAUGAAGUGGAAAAGGAGGCUGUUGAUUGCAUCGAAGCCUAUGUCAUCAGCAAGGAAAAGGAUCUGGUGCAGAAGAUGCAGUUCCUGAACAGUAUUUGCUCACUGUGCAGCACUGCUGGAAAGAAGGGCUUGACAGAGAGCCUGGAUGUCUUCUGUUUCCUAAACGAUCUGCCACAGAACAUCGAGGUUCUAUUGUGCGAGGAGCCCAGGGAGCAGCUGAGCACAGCACUGAGAUACCACUGCAUGAAUGCUAUUGCUGCCUUGAGUGAAGUGAACGCAAUUUCAGAGGACGAAAUACUACAUCUCUUAAAUGUGUGCUGCAAUGUCGUCUUCUACCUUCCUCCAACGAAGGUCUUGAACAUUUGCCUAUACAAUCAUACCCUGAGCGCACUGGACAACAUGCUGCAGAUCGUGGUAGACAGCCAUCCCACCACCACUGUGAAUAAUCAGCUGCAGAGUAUCUUCCAGUUGCUGCUGUCCUUCACCUACUCCGGGAUCAGAAUUGUGCGUGAGAGGGCCACGGAGCAGAUCUGGAAGCUUUGUGGUUUCAUGGCCAGCACUUUCAGACAGCAGCUGCUUAGAAGAUUCCUCGAGGCUCCUCAGACUACAAACAUCGUCCUCAAGACCCUUGAAAAGACCAUUGCUGACUGUAGCUCUGAGGACAAGGAGUAUGCCAGGAUUAUACUGGAUUUGAUUUUGGAAGACCCUGGCACCUGGCUAACAGAAGUGCCAGAGAUUUUGCAGUUCAUCCGCAGAAAGCUGAAAAGCAGCAGCGCGUCAGCUCAGGCGAUCUUCCUGUCAGUGCUUGACGUGCUGGCACGUCAGUUUCCCACGGAUGUGCUAACAAGCGUGUUGACCUAUCUACCACACAGUGACAGCACUACCCUGAAGAUCUGGAAGAUGCUGCUUACCAUGCCAGAAUCUUCAGAAAAAAUCUUGGAUGAAGUGUGCAGCGUUCUCCAGGACGAAGAGCCAUGCAGGAUCACCACAACGGGGCUGGGCUUCCUUCGUCUGACUGUGAGUUACUGGACAAGGCACUGUGCUGUCCUUCAGGGCUCUCCUUGCCCAGCUCCCUGCCUCCCCCUGCCUUCCUCCCCAGACUGGAAACUUGGGACAGGGCAGGGGCAAAGUUGGGGCUGUGGCUUGGGCUAGGGAGAGGCACGGCCUCCGCACAGGCUGAGCAGGCUGCAGGACCAGGGAGAGAAAGUCUCCAUGGCCACCCCCGUCUGGUGCCAUUUUUGUGCCAGCUUUUCAAAGGUCAAUUGCUCUUCAAAGGCAUGAGAACAAGAGGCUGUGCUGGUCCAAGGGCAGGAGGAGCAAGCCUUGUCCCUGGCAGCACA